AUGAUCGAGGCAGGGCACGAGCGCGCCUGUUGGCCCGGCCGCCCGGCCGCCGAGGGGCGGAAACCCCUACGACGGGAGCUGGAGACGCCCCCGCCGGUGUCGACCCCCCUGGAUGACAGUGUUCUCUUCAAUGACACGGAGGCCCGCCCGGACCAGCCGAUCAUCAAUGUCGACGCCCUGCGCGAGCAUUUCUCCCGCGAGGGGCGCCUGACCACGGCCCAGGUCCACCGGAUUGUCGAUGCCGCCACGCAAAUCCUCACCGCCGAGCCAAAUGUCCUGCACAUUCCCGCUCCGAUCACCAUUUGCGGCGACAUCCACGGCCAGUACUAUGACCUGGUCAAGCUGCUGGAUGUCGGCGGUCACCCCUCCGAGACCCGGUAUCUGUUCCUGGGUGACUAUGUUGAUCGUGGGUACUUCUCGGUGGAGUGUGUCCUCUACCUCUUUGCCCUCAAGAUUGCCUACCCGCAGAAUGUCUUCCUCCUGCGCGGGAACCAUGAGUGCCGGCACUUGACCGACUACUUCACCUUCAAGCUGGAGUGCAUCACGAAGUAUGACGAGAUGCUGUAUGACUUGCUGAUGUUGGCCUUCGACGCGCUUCCCCUGGCGGCGGUCGUCAACAAGCAGUUCUUCUGUGUGCACGGCGGCCUGUCGCCAUCGAUUCAAACCCCGGCCGAUGUGGACAAGAUCGACCGCUUCCGCGAGCCGCCCAGCUCCGGCCCCAUGUGUGAUCUCCUUUGGUCCGACCCGUCGGAGGACUAUGAUGAGAGCGUCUCCACCGACUCCUAUGACCACUUCCAGCACAACUCCACCCGCGGGUGCUCCUAUUUCUACACGUUCGCCGCCACCUGCGCCUUCCUCGAGCGGAACAAACUGCUGUCGGUCAUUCGCGCGCACGAGGCCCAGGACUCCGGGUAUCGCAUGUAUCGGAAGAACCCGACCACCGGCUUCCCCUCUCUGAUUACGCUCUUCUCGGCGCCGAAUUAUCUGGACGUCUACAACAACAAGGCGGCCAUUUUGAAGUACGACACCAAUGUCAUGAACAUCCGCCAGUUCAGCUUCUCCCCCCAUCCGUACUGGCUGCCGAACUUCAUGGACGUCUUCUCCUGGUCCCUGCCCUUCGUGGCGGAGAAGAUUUCCGACAUGCUUGGGAGCGUGCUCUCGGUGGUGACGGAGGACGAACUCAAGCAGGAGCUUGCCCAGGGGCCGGUCAGCCUGACCCCCGGGCAGUCGCCCGGCUUGCCGUCCAUCGUGCUGCCGAGCGAGGCUGGCGACACCGCCGGCGGCGAGACCACCACCGAGGAGGCCCUCGUGUCGGACAAGGACCGCGAGGCCCGGCGCGAGGCCAUUCGGUCGAAGAUCAUGGCUGUGGCCCGCAUGUCUCGGGUGUUCUCGGUCAUCCGCGAGCAGCAUGAGAGCAUCGUCCAGCUCAAGGGCCUGUACGGGACUGGCCAGCUGCCGCAGGGCCUCCUGGCUCAAGGCAAGGCUGGUAUUGAUGCGGCCCUCCAGGACUUCAAGUCCGCCCAGCAGGCUGACAAGCCGAACGAGGCGAUGCCCCCUCGUCGCGACGACUUGGAGAUUACAUCGGCCGUUACGGCCAUGCGCCUGGGUCGGCGCGGCAGCACCGGCGCCUGCAGCUCCACCGAUAACCUCCUGCUGGCAGCCCAGCUGCAGCAGCAGCAGCAGCUGGGCGCCGCCGGGUCGGCAGACUCCCCGGACUCCGCCGGCGCCGAUGCGCCCCCGUCCAUCGCCACGGCGGUCAUUUCCCUGGACUCGGAGAUGUCCGAGCCCGCCGACCAGUGAACAGUCAAAGAGGCGCGCUUGGCGGCGGGGCAGGCCCCAGGGUCGCCCGCUCGUCCUGCUUCCUCCCUCCUCUCCGCCACUUCGUCCACCUUCUCCGCUGGUGCUCCCUCCCCUCUGUCGCCUGGAGCACCGCUUUCCCUUAGUUUUCAUCCCCCCUCCAUGCCACAAUACACACAUUUCCUCC